AUGGAUCCGUCCUUAUUGGAACAAUUUCUUGGUCCAUCAUCAACUCAAUUUCAAUUACCACCAUUAACUGAAGAUGAGAAUGAUGAGUUACAUCCAUUAAUUACUACUGGGUUUCAACGGUUAAGUUAUGCGAGGAAAUCGUUACCAGCUCGUCCAAAACCAUCAACAUCAACAGCUAAACCACGAGCUAACCCUGAAAAUGGUUCAGCAUCUCGAUCACGACCGGGACCAGGAACUACGACUGCUCCUCCAGUGUCUGCAGGUAAUUAA